AUGAAGUCUAUUAAAAGAGUUUAUGAGGAAGAUUCAGACACUUCUUCACUUAGCAGUAACCUUCUGACCGAAACUGAAGACUCAUUAAGUGAAGGUGAAGCUAGUAGCACCAGUAGCACUAGUAGUCUUAGUAGCAUUGGCAGCCUUAGCAGUUCAAUUAAUUCAAUUAGAAGAAGUACAAGGAUUAUCAGCAAUACUACAAUUAAUAACAGCAAUCCUGCCGCUGAAAAACAAAAACAACUUUUAUCCAAAAAUAAUAAUAAUAAGCAACAACAGCAGCCAGAAACAAAACUAUGUGAAUCGUGUAAAAUAUUGCAUUUGAACGUGCAAAAAGUUGGUAGUCUUGAUUUAUGCUUGUAUUGUCGAUCAUUAUUUGAUGAUGAUAUUGAAUUUCGUUCUCGACGUGCUCAAUAUGGUUUUGAGUUGUAUAAACGUGUUAAAGUGUUUUAUAGUAAUGGUGGAUGGUACUCAGCUACUAUGAUGGAUGUUAAGGAUGGCCGAAUCCGUGUACACUUUGAUGGUUGGAGUGAUUAUUUUGAUGAAUGGAUACCUGCUGGCAGUCAACGAAUGAAGGAAAUGACUAUAGAAGAAAUAGUUGAAGCACAAAAAAAAUUGGAUGUUAUGAAAAAGGAUGAGGGAUUUAUUGAGCAAACUGAGAAUUUUUAUAAAUCUCUAUUAAAAAGAAAUAAUAAACAACUAAUAAAUAAUUAUGCAAACCAAUCUUCUUUAUUUCAUUCAUCAAAGUCUCCAUCUCCAUCUUCAUCUUCAUCAACUUCACUAUCAAAUUAUUCCACAUAUUCUGAAAAGGGGUUUUCAAGUACUUCUCCAACAUCAAUUGAAAGUGACAACACUAAUCAUAACCACAAAAAAUUAAAAACUACAAUUGACAAUUCUGAUAAACAAACUGAACAAUUCAUCACUAAAGAUCCUUUAGAUGAUUCAUUUGACUUUAGUGACUUUUAUUUUGCAAGAAACACACGUCGUAGUGCCCGUAAUGAUGUAAUAUUAACUGAUGGCAAUAUUCUUGCAAAGUUAAAGACACGUUUCAAAUUGGGUAAUAAAAUUGAAGUUCGUAAUAGAUUAAGGGAAUGGAUGCCUGCAACUAUAAUUGCAUCAAAAGGUUGUAGAAUCUUAAUUCAUUAUGAUGAUGUGCCUGCAUUUUAUGAUGAGUGGAUAGAUAUCACAAGUGAUCGACUACGCAUAAGACAAAUAAUUAAGGAACCUGAUACCUAUGCUCAUCAAAAUUCUUCCAAAAGUGGAAAAUAUGAUAUUAAUGAUGAUAAUAGCCAGGUGUCUCACUUGGAAUUUGUCAUAAAUGGUGAACGAAUUGGGAGUUUUGAAG